CCAGCAUUAAUCUUCACCCACGGCGCAGGCGGAAAUCUCCACUCAGACGGGAUCCUCAAUUUCCGAACCGGCUUCGCGAGACAUAGUCCUAUAACAUGUUUCCAAGGUUCGAUGAACCUUCCUUCGCGAGUUAAGAUGUUCGAUGCUGUGAUCUCGCAUCAAGAGGUACCGAUUACGGCGGUGGGGGGACGAAGCAUGGGAGCACGUGCUGCUGUUAUGGCUGCGAAGGAGAGGCCGGAAAUUAAGUUCUUGGUGUUGGUGAGCUAUCCGUUGCAUACGGGGAAGGGCGAUGUUAGGGAUGAGAUUUUGAUGGAGAUUGAUGAGGAGGUGAAGGUUUUGUUUGUGAUUGGGGAUAGGGAUAGUAUGUGUGAUUUGGGAAGACUGGAGGAAGUGAGGGCAAAGAUGAAAGCGAGGACUUGGCUGGUGAAGGUCGAGGGGGCAGAUCAUGGCAUGACUGUCAAGCCGAAGGUUGGGACGAAGGCGGUGGGAGAGUUGACUGGGAAAGUGGUCGCUGACUGGUUGGGUAUGGAAGAGGGGUUAGAGGUGAAAAGCAAAAGUUCUAGGAUCUGGUGGGACGAAGAAGAGGAAGGAGAGAAGCGGAGUGGUUGGGAGGAAGGUCCUCCUGCCGAGGAGCCCCUGAAAAAGGAUCAGAAGGUCAAGAAA